AUGACGGCGGGCGAGUUUCUGGCACCCGACGACUUCUCCCAAAUGAUCAGCCUCGACAACGGCCUAACGCAGGCCGCCCAACCAACCGGCUUCUCGAGGUGCAGCCCAGUUCUCAGACUGGCCGACCUGUCGGCCGCGGAGGUGACCCGCCAGACCGAGAAACCUCGAGUCUGGCUCGAGAUGGCGGACAUCGUGAAGCGUGACUUGGAGCGCGAAUCCGUCUCUGACGACGAGCCUGAGCCCGGAUGGAGGACGAGCGCCUUCAGACAUGGGCCCCAUCUCCUAUCGCCGGCGGAUAACAUCGUCCAGGGGGCCAAUAUGAAGAAGACGCCUCAGAGAACGCUCACUCGGGGCGUCAUUGGUUGCCAUAGAGACAGAGAAGUGCAGCAAACUGGAUCACGCUACCAGCUGUAG